UAGUUGCGGGCCCGGCGAACCGCUGACUCAUCAGGUGUCGGUCCGCGCCUCCCGAAGCAGAGUCCUGGCCGGCAGGGGCGGCGGCGACGCGGCUCGGCUCCCGCUCGCCACGCGCGCGCGAGCCCAGGGAGACGUGCUGAGUCAUCAGCAUGAGGUCACUCGGUGCUCCUGCAGACGCGGGGCCGGGGCGGGCGAGCGGGCCACUCCGGGGCGGAGGGCAAGAUGCUGGACGCCCCUGCCUCUGUUGCAGUCUUCAGUUCCCCUGCCCCCAUCACAUCUCCCUGACCCCCACUUGGCUGUCUAGGGGCAGGGCUGUGGAGGACCUGAAGAAGAGGCAAGGCCCCAAGGCUGUCCUCAUCAGAGUGUCUGCUCACUGUGCCCCCCGGGUUAUGACGACCCCCAAUAAAGGAAACAAGGCCUUGAAGGUGAAGCGGGAGCCUGGUGAGAAUGGCACCAGCCUGACGGAUGAGGAGCUGGUGACCAUGUCGGUGCGAGAGCUAAAUCAGCACCUGCGGGGCCUGUCCAAGGAGGAGAUCAUCCAGCUGAAGCAGCGCCGGCGCACUCUCAAGAACCGUGGGUACGCAGCCAGCUGCCGUGUCAAACGGGUGACCCAGAAGGAGGAGCUGGAGAAGCAGAAGGCGGAGCUGCAGCAAGAGGUGGAGAAGCUGGCCUCAGAGAAUGCUAGCAUGAAGCUGGAGCUCGACGCCCUGCGUUCCAAGUAUGAGGCCCUGCAGAACUUUGCCAGGACCGUAGCCCGAAGUCCUGUGGCCCCAGCUCGGGGCCCCCUUGCUGCCAGUCUGGGGCCCUUGGUCCCUGGCAAGGUGGCUGCCACCAGUGUCAUCACAAUAGUAAAGUCCAAGACGGACGCCCGGUCUUAGGGAUGUGUGCAAUUGCUGGGCAGUUUUUUGAGGGGCCACUAGGCGCAUGGCAAAGUUGGCAGCCCUGUCCCUCUUCUUCCUCUUUUUCUUCCUCUCCUCCUUGCCCCCAUCCUCCCUUCCCUGCAAAGCACAACCUGCACCCCAGGGGGGCUGGGCUGAGCCCCUUUGAUCUCAUCGUUGUCGUGCGUGUGUUUUGUAUAUUGGGAUUGGUCAGUUUGGCAGUGAUGUUGGGUUGCCCCAAUGCCCUUUGGACUGGGCCAUAUGGGCCAGGAGUCCAGAGUGAGCACUUUGGGAAUGGACGAGGGAGAGACCAAGAGCAAGUGAGCAAAAGUGCUGGGUCUCAGGUCUGUCCUCCUCUCCUGCCUCUCCUGCAAGUCUGCAGGCUCACACAGGCUGCUGGGCUGGGUUGGGACCAGAGGGGUUCUGUCUUCAGACCCAGCCAGACAGCUCAACUCAACCCAGUGGUAAGAGAUGGGCUCUACUCUGAGGAGUGGCAUGCCCUCGAGCGCCCAGGACAGGUGAGCCACCAGCCUGGGCUUUGUGGGCACUGGGGCAGGGGCCACAGCGCUUGGGCCUAAUGUGGUGCACUGAACAAGACCAAAUCACUGGUUGUAUGUGUGGAGGGUGUGUCAGUGUGUCCUGCGAUGGGUCCUGUGUCACUGUUUACAUGACCUAUUUGUGUGGUUAUAUAGCCCUUUAUUUAAAAAGAAAAGUUCCUUUUACGAAGUUAUUAAAUUAUAUGUUUAAGAGCUAAAGAAAAAAAGAGCUGCAGAGUAUUUAUAAAAUUGUCUUUAAAAAAAAAACAACAUUUGACCGUAUAAAUGGAAAAGGGAAGAAAGUAUAAUAGAAAUUUUGUUAGUUAAAAAAAAAAAUCCCUUUCUUGUUAUCUUACAGACAACUCUUUGUGGCUGUUGGAGUUUAGUUUUUAUAUACACAGAGUUAUCAGACAUUAUUUAUAAAACUUAGUUUAAAAAAAGACAAAAAAAAAAAAAAAAAAAAAAGCCAAGCCGCGAGCCAACCGGAGGCACCCUUUGAUAUCUUUUGCAAUUGUACCGAAAGUGACUUACUCUUCUGCCCUUCCUGCUUCCGUCUCUUGCCGGUGCCGUGGUGGUGCCGUGGUGUCGUCCGUGCCUGGUGAGGUUUUGUGCAGCCGUAAAGUGCUGGUGCUUCUGGUGACCUUUGACCUGUGGCUAUCCCUUCCUGUGUGGUCUCCUGUGUUUGUUUUUUGGAUUUGGUUGUAUUUCUUCUGUUGGCUUGCUGGACCUGAGCUGGGCUGGGUCUCAGAUAGCACCUGCUCCAUCAGAAUGUGGGUGAGGGUUCUGUGCCCAGCAGCCCUGCUUCUUCUGCUUUCAGCGUCUGCUUUUUUUCCCAGCUGGUCUGCCAGGGGCCUCUGCUGCUCCUGCCCUGCUGAGCUUUGAUUUCCUGUGUGUGUCUGGAUCUUGGGCUGACCCUGUGGCCGGGUAUGGUGAAACGGGCCAUUUGGGGUCCCCCCACGGCUUCCAUAUCCACCACCUCUAGCCCUGGGUGGUAGUGAUGCAGGGACCAAGGAUUCACUGUGGGUGCCCACAAAGUCAUGGCUAGGCUGUCCCGGGCUGUCUUCCUUCUCUGCCUUGAGCAUGUUCAUACAGGCUUCAUGAGCCACAGGCAGGACCUGUAGGGCCCAUCUUGUGGGUUUCGAGUCCCACCAUUCAUUUAUCCUAAACUGUUUCCAUGCUAUAUGGGGUGUUGCUUCCCAUGAAGAUUGGUCAGGGGCCCCAUUAAGCUCCUUUCUUCCCUCACUGUGAGGUCCUGGGCAGCUUCACCAGUCUCAAACAAGGGCUGUGUCUCUAGAGCUAGUUCUGUUUUUCUCUGCUGGUUCAUGCUAGCAGCUCUUUGCUCUGGGACCUCCUUCUGCCUCCCUUUGGAAUCUGUCUUCCAGGAACCUGCUGCUCAACUUGGAGGUGCUUCCUGCAGAAUUCAAACCCCUUUCCCCAUUCUAGCUCCCUGGUGAAGGCUCCCAGCUUCCUUCCAGGGUUGGCACAGAAAGCUCCUCAUGGGUAUAUGGCCUGGCUGGGUGUCGUUAUGCCCACCGGAAAGAGGCUACAGUCUGGUCUCUAGUCACAUGAGCCUUGGGCUCUUGCCAAAGUUGCUGGCAUCUUCUCUGGGGGCCUUGGACUCUGAAAAACACAGAAGUAUGGGCUGGUGAGAGAAAAGGCUAUAGCUUGACAGGGCUGUCACUGUGGACAGCAAGAUUUUUUAGAGUCUGACCUGCCUGUGAUAGGAGCCGAGUAUCUCCUGGCCAUUGUGCCUUGACAGGCUCCUUUGCUCAAGGUAAUUAGAUGUUCCCAUUGGUAUCUGAGGCCACUGCAAGGGAAACUGUGUCUGUCAGUAUCACCCUUUACUCCAUGGUGUCAUUUAAGUGGGGUCCGGAUGUGAGUUGCCAGCUUUGGCUGUGUAGCAGUAGAGAGCAGGAAUGGAUCAUGCUUAUCCCUAAAGUGGAGUGGGGAGCACCACUGGACUUGGCAGGGCGGUGGUGCCUCAGUGAGUGUGCCCUCCAGGUGCAGAGUACACAGGGAGUGUGCUAGUGACAGAGGAGGCUAGAACUGGCUGUGUGUUGACAAGUGUGGGGGUUGGUUAAAGUUUACAGAAUCUUCUCUAGAUGAUUGGGCGAUGCUUCUUUUCAUGGUUUUUGAAUUUGGAGCAGCUGUUCCUUGGGUUGGGGCAUAUACUGGCUCCUUGUCAAAGCUGCCCUGCAGGGCCACUUCACCUCUUUGCUGCCAUCUUUAUUUAUUGACAGUAGAUCGUGUGGCCACAUCUGACUGUUAGCUGAUCCCUGUUAAUUCCAUUUUCCUGCUGUAAGGGUAUCAUGAUCGUCUACUUCCAUCUCUCAACUUUUCUGACACAGCGAAUUGAGGGCUUUGGUCAAGACCAGGUCUCCCAAACAUGUCCGCUAAGUAAUUCAUAAUGUGCGUCUUCCCUUCCACCUUGAUUUUUUUGCCCCUUAUCCUCCUCUCUUAUCUUGAAAUGUACACUCAGAUUUCAUAGGAAAAAUCUAGGGUGAACAGGUCAGCUCUUGCCAAAGAGUAUGGCCCCAGGGCACCCUCGCUGUGGUCCCUGCCUGCUGCUCCAGGGUGGCGCUGCCAUUAGUUCAGGUGCUCUGUGGCUGCUGUGUUGUGUGCAGAGUUUUCUGCCAGCACCAGGCCUCCUGUAGGCUGCCCUUGGUCUGCUCUUGAGGGCCGUGUGCUCACCUGUGACUGUCAGCAGUAGCCUCAGUGGCCAGUGCCUGGGCUUACAGCUCUGAUAAGCUACAGCAGCCACAUCCCUGCUCCCUUCCUUUCCGGAGUGGCCACUUGGCCAAAACUCCUGUCCAUACCUGGGAAACCUGAGCCACAGCCUGCUUCACCAUUUCCGCUCUGGGAUCUUGAGAGUUACUUUUUUAGGCUGUGGUUUGGUGAAAGGAACCAACACAUUAACGACUUUCCCCCCAGAAGCCACUGAAUAAUUUUUCUUGGCAUGUUUUUGCUUUCCUGUUGGGUUUUGGAGCACUUGUGGAGAGCAGGGGACGUAAUCAGUGGCACACAGAGGUAAAGGUGUGCCCAAGCUUCCCAUGGCCGGCCCUCCUUCUGCCAUGCAAGACCUGGGCAUGCACUGUACCUUCUGGGCCCUCAGCGUUUCUGCUGCACCCUCAAUAACCAUUUUGGUACAAGGGUGCCUCCAGUCUGAAAGGGAGUAUAAAUAUCCCAGUGCGCUGUGAGACCUCCCUAUUUUUGGUGACCAUAGUUGGGUUCUAAACCCCACCAGCAGCCUCAUGUCCCAGCCCUGUCCUUCCUCCUGUUCCCUCCAUCUGCUAGUUCCUGAAGCCUUUAACCAAAUGGGAGUGGGUACAGAAAGCCUUCUCCUGGCAACUUAGGGCAACAGGACAAGGGCUAUCCUGUCCCACUCUGUUGGUCUCUUUCUGUUGAAGUGUGUCCAAGCAGAGUUCAGCUGAGGGCUGAGCCAGGGAAGCCUGAGAUCUUUAGGGCUGGGGUGGGGAAAUUCUUGAAGAUCUGAGUGAGGCGUGGUGGGCUCUGGCUGUGAGGGGUGAAGCCUGGGACCCCCGCACCAGUGUAAGAUGGCCAAGGGCCUGGCCUUGAGCGGCAGCCACCUAGCUGCCCACCUGUGCCCUGCGCAGUAUUUAUUGCUAAAUUAUUGUCCAGGAGGGCCAGCGCUCGGUCUGACCCUCCCCCCGGGUAUUUAUUGCUGUAUAUAGUGUAUGUUUGUGAUAUAUAAGGUUUUCUUUAUUUUGUAUAUGAUCAAUAAACGCCUUUUAAACAUC